UUAACGUGCAUACGAAUUUUUCCGAAAUCAUACUUGCAGUUUUUCUUACUUUUUGUGCUCUUUCCCUGGACGCCCACUUGGGAUAGCCGUGGAAUACCAACCAUCCAUCUUACUACUUGCUGUCGACUGUAAGAACGGGAAGAAUCAAGAUGUUUCAGACCAUGGGAUCUCUCGAUCUCGAAUACAUCAAUGAGCAGCAGCCUCUACAGCGAUACGAGUCCGAAGAGGAAGACAUAUCCGAGUCCGAAGUAGGGGGUCAAGACCAUUCAUUCUCGCCUGUCGACUUCCAUCGUUCCGACUCGGACCUGAGCGCCGAUGAGAUGUCCAAUGUCGACGAACCAGACAUCUUUCCUCGCCUCGUUUCACUAUGCCAGCCCGUCGACAAAGACUCAAGGCCUGUGUCGAUGACCACCAUCAAGCGUGCUAGCGAUGCUACUUUUGUGGCAGGUUCAUACAUCUACGAUGCUGAGGAUGAUAUGAUCAUUGAGUUACCAUCUCCCGAGACCCCUUCACAACUUCCAUCAUCAGCUUUUCUGCAGCCUACCGUCUAUAAUCCCCUUGAAUCACAACGUUCAUCGACUUGUCUCUCUUUCCGAUCACCUUCUCCUGCCUCAUACCUCUCCGAUGAUGACACGGAUGUGCUCGUGGCCGAGCAGGUCAAGUAUGUGGAACCAGUGACUAAACCUAACCUAAUUAUGAUCAGUCCUACUUCGACACAAUCCGAUUCUAUCGAUGAAACACCGUCUGCAGGCAGCGGGAAGUUGUGCCCAAGCAGCACAAGCUCAUCCAUUCAGAAAGAAAAGACCGACAUAGUUUCUUCGCUCCGCCAGCCUACUGCAUCAAAUUGCACGGCAUCAAAUAAGCGCAACGCGCUCUAUGAUCACAGCGGAGAUGUGCAGCCCGCACAGAAGUCCAACUAUUCGAAACCGAUUUACCAAGGAGCACCAUUAGAGCGGAUGAAUACGAGCGCAACAGUCAACUGCCUACCCAUCCCAACACUGCCUCAUCCGGCAUCACGAUCACAGUCUAUAUCAACCCCGCGCCCUCGAACCUCCAUAUCCGACAAAGUAGCGAACCAUGUACGGCUUCCUAGCAAAUCGCUCCGGAGACCGCCAUCACUACGAAGCAUGAGCAGCUUCUCUGCUCCAUUCUGGCAACGACCAUUUUCACCUCGCUUCGAAGACACUCAUUCUAGAUCUAUGUCAUAUUCUCACAGUGUUUACAACUCCGAUGCGACAUCAUCACGGUCUCGACCAUAUUCCGGAACGCCCAGCCAUGCGCCGUACUCGGCAUUCAGCAGACUCCGAUCGGAGUCUACGUACAACUUGUCCAAGGCAGCCUGCGACACCCGGCUCCCCGCACGGCACCAGACUGUCAAGCAUUCCGGAGCCCCGAGUAUCUGGUCAACCAACAGCUUCAGGUCUGAUGGGACAAGUGAAAACAGCCUCGAUGGUUCCGAGCCGACCGAUGACAGCUUCAAGAGGAAGCUCGGUCGGACAAAGACCCUCAGACGGGCCAAACAGCAGCAAACAGAGAGUGCAGAGAAGCCUUCUGGGAAAAGCUUCUUGGGCCUCCGGCUAGGUGGGAAACGGAAAUCUACAGUGAAAGAUGCACAUUUCUGAUUCCGGUCGGAUUUUAUCUCAGCACGACAGUACACGAGCAUCAUUGCUUUGUUAAACCACGAUCUUUACAGUUGCUUUCUGUUUUUUUUAUCGGCGUUUAGGUUUACAUACCCGAUCUGAAUCUGGUUUACCUUUCUACUUUGUACUAUAAUUUCACCUCCCCAGACUGGGAUACCAUUGAUACCGCCCAUACCUUGAUGGCAAUGGGUGGGUGAAUCAUGGAAUGAAAAGUAUUACAACAUCUACUCUUCUUUUUCAUCCAUCGUCUCGACACUUGAUGUACAUG